AAAUAUCUUCGAAUGGUAAAAAAACAAGUCACCCACAACUUUAUGGUCAUGUGUGUAGUAUAUAUAGAAGCAGAUUGGGUAUGCAUGUAAAGGCAACAACUUGAAAAACCUAUUCUCAGGAACCAUGGCGUCUCUGUGUACAGCUCUCAAACCGCUAUCUCCUUUUUCAUCAUUUGUUAAACAAGGUUACUCCAUGAAUACUAGUGCCUUGUUUACUUAUCACACAUCCAACUAUACACACUCUUUUCGGCCCAAACGAGGAGGAGCUCUAGCUGUCCAUAAUAAUGCACCGGAUCCGGUCGAGAGUUCCUGGAAAACACCCUUGUCGGAGGAUGUGAAGGGGAGACAGAAGAGUGCAUUUUGGGAAAGGAGUUGGAAUUCUACGGACGUGAGAAAUGUAGUCAUAAUGGGUGGGUUCCAUUUGCUGAGCCUCUUAGCUCCAUUGUACUUCAGUUGGGCAGCUUUUCGGCUUUCCAUUUGGCUAUAUACGAUCUUCGCAAUCUGCAUCACCUUGUCUUAUCACCGGAAUCUUUCUCACCGAAGUUUCGAUCUACCGAAAUGGCUCGAGUAUCUAUUUGCUUAUGGUGGCGUUCUUGCUUUUCAGGGAGACCCAAUAGAAUGGGUGAGCCACCAUCGGUACCAUCAUAAGCAUUGUGAUACACAACGUGACCCACACAGCCCUAUACAAGGUUUUUGGUUUAGUCACAUCACUUGGAUAUCUGAUUUCGGUUCUAUCCAAAAAAAGUGUGGCGGAGAGGAGAAUGUAAAUGACCUUGUGAGGCAGCCCUUCUAUCGGUUUCUUCAGCGAACCUUAUAUUUUCAUCUGAUAGCUUUUGGAUUUCUACUCUAUAUUUGGGGAGGCAUGCCCUUCCUUGUCUGGGGAAUGGGUGUGGCAAAUGUGGCUCGAAGCCACUCGACGUUUCUGGUGAACUCAGUUUGUCAUACAUGGGGAACACGAGCCUGGAACACACCUGACCUCUCAAGAAACAAUUGGUUGCCAGCCAUUCUAAUGUUUGGUGAGGGAUGGCAUAACAACCAUCAUGCAUUUGAGUUCUCGGCCAGGCAUGGACUCGAGUGGUGGCAGCUCGACGUUACUUGGUAUAUCAUUAGUUUUCUCGAGGCUAUUGGUUUGGUCACUAACGUAAAGCUACCUAGUGACGCUCAGAAGAAGAAAAUAGCUUUGGUCUGAUCCUUAAGUCCUUACAUAAAUUAGCAUAUAAACUUUUAAUAAUUCUCUCAAACUUUGUCACCAUUGGUGUGAUCCCCAGAAACAUUAAAGCAAAUAUGUCAUCAUUUGUAUCAGAAAUAAACUAAUUAAAUAUCUUUUAAUGGUAAA